AUAUUAUAGAUAUGCGUACUCCAUCAAGGUCAUCAUGGGAUGGAGAUAACACAAAGACUCCUGUGAGGAGAAGUGCUUGGGAUACUCCUACACCAGCUCAUUUAUCCAGUGUUGAUGAACCUAGAUGGACUGGUACUCAUGGCUCUCUUGAUACACCAUUACCAACUCCUUCUCAUUUAUAUAAUGAUUGGGCUAAUGAUCGUAAAAGCUUUGGAAGGCCUACAAAAGAAGGCAAUGUGGAUGAUGAUGAUAUUAAGUUCAGUAGCAUGGAAGACAGAAUCGAGUGGGAAGAUGAGCAAAAAAGGAUGGAUCGUGCAUGGUAUGAUCUGGAUAGUGGAUAUGACGAUACUAAUAAUCCAUUUGCUAACAUACCAGAAGAAUAUACUAAGAAGAAAGAAGAGAAACUUAUGAAAACCACUGUAAAGAGAAUGUCUGCUCAACAAAGACAGCUAAAUAAAGAUAAUGAAAAGUGGGAGACCAAUCGUCUAUUGACAAGUGGCAUUGUUCAACAAGUUGAUGUUGAUGAUGAUUUUGAGGAUGAGGCUGAGUCUAAAGUUCAUUUGUUAGUUAGUAAUGUUGUUCCUCCUUUUCUUGAUGGCAGGAUAGUCUUUACUAAGCAACCUGAACCAGUCAUUCCUGUCAAGGAUGUGACCUCAGAUUUAGCUAUUUUAUCACGAAAAGGAAGUCAACUUGUGAAGCAUCAUAGAUUAGAGAAAGAGAGAACUAAAGGCAUGAAGAAGCACUGGGAAUUAGCUGGUACUAAAAUUGGAAAUAUUCUUGGUAUAAAAGCUAAAGAAGAUCCCAAAGAUAAGGGUGUUGAUGAAGAUGGUUCAACCGAUUAUAAGUCAGAUCAACAGUUUUCUCAGCAUAUUCAGAAGAGCAGUGAGGCUGUUAGUGCUUUUGCUAAGAGUAGAACAUUAAAGCAGCAGCGCCAAUUCUUACCAAUCUUUGCUGUUAGAGAUGAACUUUUGCGAGUCAUUAGGGACAAUAAUGUUAUCAUUAUUGUUGGAGAAACUGGAUCUGGCAAAACAACACAACUGACACAAUAUAUGCAUGAAGAUGGUUAUUCAAAAAGUGGAAUUAUUGGUUGUACACAGCCUAGAAGAGUAGCUGCUAUGUCAGUUGCCAAAAGAGUUAGUGAGGAAAUGAAUGUAAAGCUUGGAGAAGAAGUUGGGUAUUCUAUUCGUUUUGAAGAUGUCACAUCAAAAUCUACUUUUAUUAAGUAUAUGACUGAUGGUAUAUUGUUAAGAGAAUCAUUGGGAGAACCUGAUUUGGAUCAAUAUUCUGUUAUUAUAAUGGAUGAAGCUCAUGAAAGAUCACUUAAUACUGACGUACUGUUUGGAUUAUUAAGAGAUGUUGUGUCACAUCGCUAUGACUUAAAGCUCAUUGUUACAUCUGCUACAAUGGAUGCUGAUAAGUUUGCAAAGUUUUUUGGCAAUGUUCCUGUAUUCAAUAUACCUGGACGAACAUUCCCAGUUGAUAUAAUGUAUACUCAGAAUCCUUGUGAGGAUUAUGUUGAUAGUGCUGCUAAGCAGUGUCUUCAGAUACACUUGACUCCAUCACAAGGUGACAUCUUAAUUUUUAUGCCAGGACAGGAAGAAAUUGAAACUACAUGUGAUGUUAUUGCUGAACGUCUUGCUGAUCUUGAAGAUGCUCCUCCAUUGGCAAUUCUUCCAAUUUAUUCUCAAUUGCCUUCUGACCUUCAAGCUAAAAUAUUUGAAAAAGCUCCAGAUGGUGUCAGAAAAUGUGUUGUGGCUACUAACAUUGCUGAAACAUCUCUUACUGUUGAUGGAAUAAUGUUUGUCAUUGAUUCUGCUUAUUGCAAGUUGAAAGUGUUUAAUCCUAGGAUAGGUAUGGAUGCUCUUCAAGUGUUCCCUGUCAGUCAGGCUAAUGCUAAUCAGAGAUCUGGUCGAGCAGGGAGGACAGGAGCUGGUCAGUGCUUCCGGCUUUAUACUGAAAUGGCAUAUAAGAAUGAAAUGUUGAAAAGCACAGUUCCUGAAAUUCAACGAACAAACUUGGCUAAUAUUGUCCUAUUAUUAAAAUCUCUUGGAAUACAGGAUCUGUUGCAAUUUCAUUUCAUGGAUCCACCACCUCAAGAUAACAUUCUUAACUCAAUGUAUCAGUUAUGGAUACUUGGUGCACUGGAUAACACAGGAGCUUUGACUGAUGUUGGUCGUCAAAUGGUUGAGUUUCCCCUAGACCCUGCACUCUCUAAGAUGUUGAUUGUGUCUGUUGAUAUGAAAUGUAGUGCUGAAGUAUUGAUAAUUGUUUCAAUGCUGUCUGUUCCAUCUAUAUUUUUUCGGCCCAAAGGCAAGGAAGAGGAAAGUGAUAUGGUGAGAGAGAAAUUUCAAGUACCUGAAAGUGACCACUUAACGAUGCUUUAUGUGUAUCAACAGUGGAAGCUAAACAAUUAUUCUACUCAUUGGUGCAAUGAACAUUAUAUACAUAUCAAGGCAAUGAGAAAAGUGAGGGAAGUUCGUUCUCAACUGAAGGAUAUUAUGGACCAACAAAGAUUACCUGUUAUAUCAACUGGUACUGAAUGGGAUAUUGUGCGUAAAUGCAUUUGUUCGGCCUACUUUCAUCAGGCAGCUAGAUUAAAAGGUAUUGGAGAAUAUGUUAAUUGUCGUACUGGAAUGCCCUGUCACCUUCAUCCAACUAGUGGAUUAUAUGGAAUGGGAUUUACUCCUGACUAUAUAGUGUAUCAUGAACUAGUUAUGACAACAAAGGAGUAUAUGCAGUGUGUGACAGCAGUGGAUGGACUAUGGCUGGCUGAACUAGGUCCUGUGUUCUAUACUGUUAAAAGUAGCUCGUCUACAAGAGGAGGUACAAAACAAGCAGUGAAAGCUAAAUUAAAUCAAAUGGAAUCAGAAUUAGCUGCUGCAUCUCAAAAGUUGAAAUCUAUGAAGGAUGAAGCAAAUAUAAAGUCGUUUUCAAAAAAAAAACAAUCCAUUUUAACUCCAGGAUUACAUGAUCCAGGGACACCGAAGUACACUCCAAGAAGAAUGGGACUUUAAUAUUAACUCAUUUCUUUAUUUUUAAGUCUCUGUAAUAAUGCAUUAGUCUUUAAGCAUAAUAUUUUACAAGUUUAUUGAACCUCAGA